AUGGUUAGCAAGACUGGAGUUUACAACUGGUACAUCUGCCUUGUGGCAGCUGGGUGUAUGGUGUUAAUGGGAUACGACGCCUCUGUUUUUAACUCUGUGCAGAAUUCCAAUAACUGGAUCGAGUAUUUUGAUAAUCCGAAUAGUUAUAUGCUCGGCCUCUUGAACACCGUGUAUACGGUGGGCGGUAUUAUUACCGGAUGGUUCUUCGCUGGUCCAUUGGCCGACUGGCUUGGUCGAAGAUGGGGAAUGGGGAUUGGUUGUUUCCUUACCAUUAUUGCGACUUUUAUGCAGUGCUUCGCUCCACGCCAUGGAAUGGGGACAUUUAUGGCUGGCCGUGUUAUUAUUGGAGCCGGACAGGCUCUCGCUAUUGCCGCUGGGCCUAUUUACAUUGGCGAGGUCACUCCCUCAUAUAUCCGGGGUGUUAUCAUGGCUUUCUGGCAAAUGUUCUAUUCUGUUGGCUCCUUCGUCGCCUACUGGGUCAAUUAUGUAGCGGGUAAACACAGAACAAGCCUCGGAGAAUGGGACUGGAAGCUUGUCGUGAUCUUCCAGCUUCUGCUUCCGGUCAUAAUCCUUCUUCAGCUGCCAUUCAUGCCCGAAUCACCUAGAUGGCUUGUCCAGCGCAAGGGGGAUACCGAAGGUGCACGAAGAGUUCUUCAACAAGUGCGAGAGUCAGAUGAGGAAAUUGAUCAGGAACUACUGACAAUCCGUGAAGCAAUUCAGUACGAGAAUGAGGUACUUGAUAGGGGCAAGAAGGCGUACAUGACUCUGAUCAAGGACGGCAGCGUCCGCAAGCGUCUUCUUCUCGUAUUUGUGCUCAAUAUUGGACAGCAACUCAGCGGCCAGGGCACGUUGAAUUCCUACUCAUCUACAAUUUAUAAGAAGAUCUGGACUUCCACGGAUACCAUUAACCUCAUUAAUGCGCUGAAUGCCACCUUUGGUAUUCUUUUCACUCUCAACGCUACGUGGACCGUUGACCGUUUUGGCCGGAGAUUCUUGCUCAUCCUUGGUGCUUUUGGCAUGGGUACUUGCAUGUUUAUCACAGCCAUAGUUGGUCUUGAGACCCCAAACACUCCCCAAGGAGCCAAGACGGAGCCUGUCGGUAUUGCCAUCGUAUUUCUUAUGUUCCUGUUCAUCUUCUUCUACAAACCGAGCUGGGGAGCGACAGUAUGGAUUUACACCGCCGAGGUUUUCCCGAUGAAUGUUCGGGCCCAAGCCGUUGGCAUGUCGUCUCAGAUGCAAGGUGUUGCGAAUACCGUCUUUCAGCAGUUCUUUCCGAUUUUUUACAAGAACGAGGGAUUGAAAACGUUCUUCUUUUUCAUGACCUGCAACUUCUUCCUAGCAGUUUUCGUGUGGUUCAUGAUUCCAGAAACGAAGAAAGUCCCAUUGGAAGAGAUGGACGCCCUCUUCGGCGGCGUGAGUCAUGUUCAAGGAGGCGCUUUGAUCCUGGACGUGAAACGCACUAAGGAAGGAGAUGAAAACGCAGAACAGUCGAAGUGA